CUCCCCUUAUCUUCUUCACAGCUCUUCCCAAACCCUGUUUCCCAUUUUCUAGGGUUUGAGCGGAGGUUCUCAUUUCGAUUCUAAUUCAAUCGUUGGUUGGGGCUUUUUUUGUGUUUUGGUUUGAUCGGAAAUGGCGUCCUCAGCAGCUCAAAUUCAUGCCCUAGGUGCCACUGCGCACUUUACAUCAGGGAAUUCGAGCAGAAACAAUCCUACUAAAACUGUCUUCUUUGGGACCAAGUUAAAAAAUACUGUUUCCUUCGGGCUGAAUCUGAAAAGCAGGGCCAGAAGCAGCGGUAGCUCCCGUCGCAGCACUCCGCUUCGUGUGGUGGCGGAGAAAGUUGUGGGAAUUGAUCUUGGGACGACGAAUUCUGCGGUGGCGGCAAUGGAGGGAGGGAAGCCCACCAUUGUGACGAACGCUGAGGGCCAGCGAACUACGCCGUCUGUGGUUGCUUAUACUAAAAACGGAGACAGGCUGGUGGGGCAAAUUGCAAAGCGACAGGCCGUGGUGAACCCUGAGAAUACAUUCUUUUCUGUGAAGAGGUUUAUUGGGAGGAAAAUGUCGGAGGUUGACGAGGAGUCGAAGCAGGUUUCGUAUAAUGUGGUGAGGGAUGAGAAUGGGAAUGUCAAGCUUGAGUGUCCCGCCAUCGGAAAGCAGUUUGCGGCUGAGGAAAUAUCAGCUCAGGUUUUGAGGAAGCUUGUGGAUGAUGCAUCAAAGUUCUUGAAUGACAAGGUUACUAAAGCAGUGGUCACGGUUCCUGCAUACUUCAAUGAUUCUCAGAGGACUGCAACCAAAGAUGCUGGUCGUAUUGCUGGCUUAGAGGUUCUCCGUAUUAUAAAUGAACCAACAGCUGCAUCAUUGGCCUAUGGUUUUGAAAAGAAAAGCAACGAAACUAUUCUGGUUUUUGACCUUGGAGGUGGCACUUUUGAUGUUUCAGUUCUUGAAGUUGGUGAUGGUGUGUUUGAGGUUCUGUCUACAUCCGGAGACACACAUCUUGGUGGUGAUGACUUUGAUAAGAGAAUUGUUGAUUGGCUUGCUACAAAUUUCAAGAAGGAUGAGGGGAUUGAUUUAUUGAAGGACAAACAAGCUCUUCAACGGCUAACAGAGACAGCAGAGAAAGCAAAAAUGGAACUAUCAUCUUUGACGCAGACUAAUAUCAGUUUGCCAUUCAUUACUGCCACAGCAGAUGGUCCCAAGCAUAUUGAAACUACUCUUACACGGGCUAAGUUUGAAGAGUUGUGCUCAGAUUUGCUUGACAGGCUCAAAACGCCUGUUCAGAACUCCUUGAAGGAUGCGAAGCUCUCCUUCAGCGACAUAGAUGAGGUCAUUCUUGUUGGUGGUUCAACACGGAUUCCAGCUGUUCAGGAACUUGUUAAGAAAUUGACUGGAAAGGAUCCGAAUGUUACUGUUAAUCCUGAUGAAGUUGUUGCCCUUGGAGCUGCAGUUCAGGCUGGUGUUUUGGCUGGAGAUGUUAGUGACAUAGUCCUUCUAGAUGUAACACCACUAUCUUUGGGGUUGGAAACUCUUGGUGGAGUAAUGACAAAGAUUAUUCCAAGAAAUACCACAUUGCCUACUUCCAAAUCAGAGGUGUUUUCAACAGCUGCUGAUGGUCAAACAAGUGUUGAGAUCAAUGUCCUUCAAGGUGAGAGAGAGUUUGUUAGGGACAACAAAUCUUUAGGCAGCUUCCGUCUCGAUGGGAUCCCACCAGCACCUCGUGGAGUUCCUCAAAUUGAAGUAAAAUUCGAUAUUGAUGCCAAUGGUAUCCUCUCUGUCACUGCUAUUGACAAGGGAACCGGGAAGAAGCAAGACAUCACCAUCACGGGUGCUAGCACAUUGCCUAGUGAUGAGGUGGAAAGAAUGGUGAGCGAAGCUGAAAAAUUUGCAAAGGAAGACAAAGAGAAGAGAGAUGCCAUAGAUACUAAAAAUCAGGCUGAUUCAGUAGUCUACCAGACAGAGAAGCAGUUGAAGGAGCUCGGGGACAAAGUUCCUGCUCCUGUAAAAGAAAAGGUUGAGGCAAAACUGGGAGAACUUAAGGAUGCCAUAUCUGGAGGAUCAACCCAAGCGAUGAAGGAUGCAAUGACAGCCCUGAAUCAGGAAGUCAUGCAGCUUGGUCAGUCACUAUACAACCAACCAGGUGCUGCACCCGGUAGUGGCCCAGCACCUGGUGGGGGCUCCACGUCUUCAGAAUCAUCUGACAAGGGACCUGAAGGAGAUGUUAUUGAUGCUGAUUUCACAGACAGUAAGUGACCGCAUAAUAAAGAUACAGACAUUGACUGCCAUUUUAUACUCCCACCUCUUUCUUCUCAUGUGCAUAAGGAAUAUUUUUGUUGAAAUUGAUCGGAUGAGGGAUUCUAGAAUAUUUAGUAAUAACAGAGAUUAAAGUGUUGAGAUAUAGGCGCGUGUUACAAGCAAGGACUAGAUAUUGUCAGCUUCAAGAUUUCAUUUGUUUUGUCGACAUCUGAAGACAGUUCGAAAUAGUAUUCCUGUGGCUACGCAAUUCUUGUUUCGUAACAAGUUACUCCAAGAAUUUUCUCAGGGCAAGUUAUGAUU